AUGCCAGGGAACCACCGACAGCUUGAGAAUGCACUGAAGAAAAUACGAGUGGAUUUUCCUGAAAUAUUACAGGAGGGAUACAUUCCAGGGCCAGUUAUACAGAAAAUAUCCAUGUCAGAGAAGAAGAGCGAGGAGUUUGAGGAUGCGUAUCAGAUGCUAUUCGCAGGGAUUGAGUCUUUAAUAACAGAGAAUACUGGGCCACUGAAGAAUUCAGCGAUAAAGUAUCACCAAGUACACAAGGAAGUAAAUACAGCAGCAGAGAAUAUUUCAGAGGUCAAGGCACAUUUAAGCACACUUAUUAGCACUGUUAAGAGCAAUAACAUAGGGAAGUACAUAGACAGUUUGAAAGAGGAACAGGUGCAGUAUAAAAGAGAUCUUGAAGAGUCAGAAAUAAAGCAGGCACUUGCUGUUGACAUAAUUUCAAUAAGUGACAUACACGCGGGAAGAUUGAAUGAAAUAAUGAACAAUAUCCAGUAUGUAGAAGAGAAAGCAGUGCAGUCAGAGAUUAAGUAUUACACAGAGAACAGUCUUUGGAAGGCAAAGAAAGAGAUAGAAACACGGAUUAAAGACAGUUUACAUGGUAUAAUUCGUAUAUCAUCUAUGGACAUUCGGGUGCUAGAGAAGAUUGCUGGGUGUGCACUUGUUGCUGUAUAUAAUUCUGUUAAUGAGCAUAUGGUAAAAAUAAUUAAUGGUGUAUCAAAGGAAAUGCAUGUGGCAAUGCAUAAAAAGAAGGUAAUCAAUGGAGAGGAUGAGUCACAAAUACUUUCCAGGGGAUUGGCGCAGUUUACAUCUGAAGUGACUGCUUUACUGCACAAUGUACAGAGUAUCUUGCAUAAAAGACAGGAGGAUUGUGCAGGGAAUAAAAAGUACAGGUAUAACACAGACUUAUAUGAAGAAAUAAAAUUGAAUAGGAGUUCACCAAAAAGAAUGGCACAAAUAACACUUCCACUGUACGACUCAUCGGUAACUGAGAAAGAUUUAUUUGAUAAGAUUGUAGACUGGAUCAGAAGGUUCUUAGUAGAGCUAACAAAGGAAGCUGUAAAUACAGCAGAAGAUGCCAUGUCGUACAAUAUACAGCGGAUAACCAGGCUAGACUCUGCAAAUCUUAUGUAUAAUGAACUCUUUCAAAAUAAGUACGGAUUUCUUGCCAAUAAAGAAAAACAAGCCGGUGGCGAUCUUUUGCUUAUGAAUGUGCAUUUGGUUAGAUCAGAAGAAUCAAUACUUAUCGUGCACGGAUGUGCGCUGCAGAUUGCUGCUGUGGUUAGAGAUGUACUCGCAGAUGUACUCCCAACACAUAUUAAUAUAUCCGAAAAGAUCAGAGGAAUUGAACCAUCUAACUGCUUUAAAAACAGAAAGAAGAUCCUAAUGGAUUUAGUUACUCGAGUGACAGAGCUUGAAAAUACCGCAGACCACACUACGCCAUUCCUGCAAAAGUAUCAAAGAAGCGUGCAAAGAGUUAUAAUGACACUUUGCAAGUUCAUAAAAAUAUCCAUUACAGGACUGGAAAUAAAAGUAGAAGAAAUUGCAGAAGAUGUACUGGAAAAACUUCUCCAGUCCAUGAAAAGAGUGUUUAAAACCAUAUCUAAAGUACCUGAUGUAGGCAUUAAUAAUAUUAGCUACCACAAAGAAUCUUCAAUUUCUGUGGAGAUAGAAAGAUGGAAUCAUCCUCUGAACAAAGAAAGUGCAUUUGGUCAGUCUAUCUUCACAAACUGUACAAGUAGAAAAUUCAUUGCAAUUUCUGAAUUUAUUCACUUACCAGAAGAAGUUCUUGUGCUAAUUAGUCAAAUACCUGCAAUAAAAGAAAAAGAAAUAAAAUCAGAAGGAAAGUCAGAAGAGAAGUCGGAAGAGAAGUCAACCCCAGAAAAACCAUAA